GAACAGGGCAAACCUCUGACUUCCGGCGGCGUUUUGAGGCGGUCCUCCUAGCGGCCUGUAGUACAAAAUGUCAAAAAUUAGAAGGAAGGUCACAGUGGAAAAUACCAAGACCAUAUCUGAUAGCACAUCCCGAAGACCCAGUGUAUUUGAGAGGCUUGGACCCAGCACUGGCAGUACAGCAGAGACACAGUGCCGUAACUGGCUGAAGACUGGCAACUGCCUCUAUGGAAACACAUGUAGAUUCGUACACGGCCCUUCACCUCGUGGUAAAGGUUAUAGCAGCAAUUAUAGAAGGUCACCAGAAAGACCUACAGGGGAUCUUAGAGAAAGAAUGAAGAACAAGCGCCAAGACGUGGACGCUGAGCCCCAGAAACGAAAUACAGAGGAGUCAUCCUCACCUGUUAGGAAAGAAUCUUCAAGAGGGAGACAUAGGGAAAAGGAAGACAUAAAAAUCACUAAGGAGAGAACUCCGGAAAGUGAAGAAGAAAAUGUAGAAUGGGAAACUAAUAGAGAUGAUUCUGACAAUGGAGAUAUUAAUUAUGAUUAUGUUCAUGAAUUAUCAUUGGAAAUGAAGCGUCAGAAGAUACAGAGGGAAUUAAUGAAGCUGGAGCAAGAAAACAUGGAGAAGAGAGAAGAAAUUAUCAUUAAAAAGGAGGUUUCACCAGAAGUGGUUAGAUCAAAAUUGUCCCCAUCACCUUCUCUAAGAAAGUCUAGCAAAUCUCCGAAGCGAAAAUCAAGCCCGAAAUCGUCUUCAGCUAGCAAGAAAGAUAGGAAGACAUCUGCAGUAUCUUCUCCCCUGUUGGACCAGCAGAGGUCAAUUUUCCUUUGGCUAGAAAUGAAGUUCUGGAAUACAUGUUUUAUUGUUACUGUUUUUCCUUGUAGGUCUACUUCGCCAGCAGGACAGCAUCAUUCUCCUAUAUCUUCUAGACAUCACUCAUCUUCCUCACAAUCAGGAUCAUCUAUUCAAAGACAUUCUCCUUCUCCUCGUCGAAAAAGAACUCCUUCACCAUCUUAUCAGCGGACACUAACUCCACCUUUACGACGCUCUGCCUCCCCUUAUCCUUCACAUUCUUUGUCGUCUCCUCAGAGAAAGCAGAGUCCUCCAAGGCAUCGCUCUCCAAUGCGAGAGAAAGGGAGACAUGAUCAUGAACGAACUUCACAGUCUCAUGAUCGACGUCAUGAAAGGAGGGAAGAUACUAGGGGCAAACGAGACAGAGAAAAGGACUCAAGAGAAGAACGAGAGUAUGAACAGGAUCAGAGCUCUUCUAGAGACCACAGAGAUGACAGAGAACCUCGAGAUGGUCGGGAUCGGAGAGAUGCCAGAGAUACUAGGGACCGAAGGGAACUAAGAGACUCCAGAGACAUUCGGGACUCAAGAGAGAUGAGGGAUUAUAGCAGAGAUACCAAAGAGAGCCGUGAUCCCAGAGAUUCUCGGUCCACUCGUGAUGCCCAUGACUACAGGGACCGUGAAGGUCGAGAUACUCAUCGAAAGGAGGAUGCAUAUCCAGAAGAAUCCCGGAGUUAUGGCCGAAACCAUUUGAGAGAAGAAAGUUCUCGUACUGAAAUAAGGAAUGAGUCCAGAAAUGAGUCUCGAAGUGAAAUUAGAAAUGACCGAAUGGGCAGAAGUAGGGGGAGAGUUCCUGAGUUACCUGAAAAGGGAAGUCGAAGCUCAAGAGGUUCUCAAAUUGAUAGUCACAGUAGUAAUAGCAACUAUCAUGACAGCUGGGAAACUCGAAGUAGCUAUCCUGAAAGAGACCGAUAUCCUGAAAGAGACAACAGAGAUCAAGCAAGGGAUUCUUCCUUUGAGAGAAGACAUGGAGAGCGAGACCGUCGCGACAACAGAGAGAGAGAUCAAAGACCAAGCUCACCAAUUCGACAUCAGGGAAGGAAUGACGAGCUUGAGCGUGAUGAAAGAAGAGAGGAACGAAGAGUAGACAGAGUGGAUGAUAGAAGAGAUGAAAGGGCUAGAGAGAGAGAUCGGGAACGAGAACGAGACAGGGAGCGGGAGAGAGAGAGGGAACGUGAACGGGAUCGGGAAAGAGAAAAAGAGAGAGAACUAGAAAGAGAGCGUGCUAGGGAACGAGAGAGAGAAAGAGAAAAAGAGAGAGAUCGUGAAAGGGAUAGAGACCGAGACCACGAUCGAGAGCGGGAAAGAGAGAGGGAGCGAGACAGGGAAAAAGAACGGGAACGAGAAAGAGAAGAAAGAGAGAGGGAAAGAGAGCGAGAACGGGAGAGAGAGCGAGAGCGAGAACGGGAACGAGAAAGAGCGAGAGAAAGGGAUAAAGAACGAGAACGCCAGAGGGAUUGGGAAGACAAAGACAAAGGGCGAGAUGACCGCAGAGAAAAGCGAGAAGAGAUCCGAGAAGAUAGGAAUCCAAGAGAUGGACAUGAUGAAAGAAAAUCAAAGAAGCGCUAUAGAAAUGAAGGGAGUCCCAGCCCUAGACAGUCCCCGAAGCGCCGGCGUGAACAUUCUCCGGACAGUGAUGCCUACAACAGUGGAGAUGAUAAAAAUGAAAAGCACAGACUCUUGAGCCAAGUUGUACGACCUCAAGAAUCUCGUUCUCUUAGUCCCUCGCACCUCACAGAAGACAGACAGGGUAGAUGGAAAGAGGAAGAUCGUAAACCAGAAAGGAAAGAGAGUUCAAGGCGCUAUGAAGAACAGGAACUCAAGGAGAAAGUUUCUUCUGUAGAUAAACAGAGAGAACAGACAGAAAUCCUGGAAAGCUCAAGAAUGCGUGCACAGGACAUUAUAGGACACCACCAGUCCGAAGAUCGAGAGACAUCUGAUCGAGCUCAUGAUGAAAACAAGAAGAAAGCAAAAAUUCAAAAGAAACCAAUUAAGAAAAAGAAAGAUGAUGAUAUUGGAAUAGAGAGGGUUAACAUAGAGACAACGUCUGAAGAUGGUCAAGUAUUUUCACCAAAAAAAGCACAGAAAAAGAAAAGCAUUGAAAAAAAACGUAAAAAAUCCAAAGGUGAUUCUGAUAUUUCUGAUGAAGAAGCAGCCCAGCAAAGUAAGAAGAAAAGAGGCCCACGGACUCCCCCUAUAACAACUAAAGAGGAAUUGGUUGAAAUGUGCAAUGGUAAGAAUGGUAUUCUAGAGGACUCCCAGAAAAAAGAAGAUACAGCAUUCAGUGACUGGUCUGAUGAGGAUGUGCCUGACCGUACAGAGGUGACAGAAGCAGAGCAUAGUGCCACCGCCGCUACUCCUGGUAGUACCCCUUCUCCUCUAUCUUCUCUUCUUCCUCCUCCACCGCCUGUGGCUACUGCCACUGCUACAACUGCGCCUGCAACUCUUGCUUCCACUACUGCUGCUGCCACCACCUCUUUCAGCACAUCUUCCAUCACCAUUUCCACCUCUGCCACCCCCACCAGUACCACCAAUAAUACUUUUGCCAAUGAAGACUCACACAGAAAAUGCCACAGAACACGAAUGGAAAAAGUAGAGACACCUCAUGUGACUAUAGAAGAUGCACCACAUCGCAAACCUGUGGAUCAAAAGAGGAGCAGCAGCCUUGGGAGCAAUCGAAGUAACCGUAGUCAUACAUCUGGUCGUCUUCGCUCCCCAUCCAAUGAUUCUGCCCAUCGAAGUGGAGAUGACCAAAGUGGUCGAAAGAGAGUACUGCAUAGUGGCUCAAGAGAUAGAGAAAAAACAAAAAGCCUGGAAAUCACAGGAGAGAGAAAAUCUAGGAUUGAUCAGUUAAAGCGUGGAGAACCCAGUCGAAGUACUUCUUCAGAUCGCCAGGAUUCAAGAAGCCAUAGUUCAAGAAGAAGUUCUCCAGAGUCAGAUCGACAGGUCCAUUCAAGAUCUGGGUCAUUUGAUAGCAGAGACAGGCUUCAAGAGCGAGAUCGAUAUGAACACGAUAGAGAGCGCGAGAGAGAGAGGAGAGAUACAAGGCAGAGAGAAUGGGACCGAGAUGCUGAUAAAGAUUGGCCACGCAACAGGGAUCGAGAUAGAUUGCGAGAACGAGAACGAGAGAGAGAAAGAGACAAAAGGAGAGACUUGGAUAGGGAAAGAGAGAGACUAAUUUCUGAUUCUGUUGAAAGGGACAGGGACAGAGACAGAGACAGAACUUUUGAGAGUUCUCAAAUAGAGUCUGUAAAACGCUGUGAAGCAAAACUGGAAGGUGAACAUGAAAGGGAUCUAGAAAGCACUUCGCGAGACUCUGUAGCCUUGGAUAAAGAGAGAAUGGAUAAAGAUCUGGGAUCUGUGCAGGGAUUUGAAGACAUAAAUAAAUCGGAGAGAACUGAGAGUCUGGAAGCAGGAGAUGACGAGUCCAAGUUAGAUGAUGCACAUUCAUUAGGCUCUGGUGCUGGAGAAGGAUACGAGCCAAUCAGUGAUGACGAACUAGAUGAAAUUCUGGCAGGUGAUGCAGAAAAGAGGGAGGACCAACAGGAUGAGGAGAAGAUGCCAGAUCCCUUAGAUGUGAUAGAUGUGGAUUGGUCUGGUCUUAUGCCAAAGCAUCCAAAAGAACCACGAGAGCCUGGGGCUGCACUCUUAAAAUUCACACCUGGAGCUGUUAUGCUAAGAGUUGGGAUUUCUAAAAAGUUGGCAGGUUCUGAACUCUUUGCCAAAGUCAAAGAAACAUGUCAGAGACUUCUAGAAAAACCGAAAGGUAGUUUCAUUUUACUUUAACUAUAUGCUGUCUGUUAACCAUUUAAGGUGCCAUCUAAAGAGGAUUGUGAUCUGUUCUAAUGUAGCACUUAACACUGUAUAGAAACUAUUUUUUGAGAAAUCAUUUAUAGUCAUUAUUUAACCCUCAUGGUCAAAGUUUCUCUUUAAAAUUUAUUUUGAGAAGAGUUAUCCCACAGAAAAGUUGGAAAAAGAGUACAGUGAACUUUUUGUAUUAAAAUUACUUAUUAACAGGCCAGGCGUGGUGUAGCAUGUCUGUAGUCACAGCUGCUUAGGGAGGUUGAGGCAGCAGGAAUGCUCCAGCCCAGGAAAUUGAGGCUGCAGUGAGCCAUGAUUGAGCCACCACACUCCAACCUAAGUGACAGAGCAAGACCCUGUCUUAAAAUAAAAUAAAAUAAAUAACCAAUAAAUUACAAUAUCAAAGUGCUCAGUGGUUUGCCCUUGGCUAAAUGAAAUAGAGCCAGGAAAAAAGACUACAUAUUUUUCAUGUCUAAAGAAAUUGGGUAUUUUGGCAGCCCUUUCCCCCUAGACACCUACCCAAAUGCAGGUGUGUAGGUUGAGUCUUUAACAAAGUGGUUAAGAGCUUGGUCUGUAAGGCUGGAUGAUCUGGAUUUCGGUAGGCACACCACUUACUAGCUAUUACUUAAUCUGUGUGUUAGUGUCAUCAUCUGUAAGUUAGGAAUAAUCAUACCACCAACUUCCUAUGGUCAUUAGGAGCAAAUCGGUUAUUACAGGCAAAACACUUAGAACAGUUCCUGGCAUAUAGUAAUACCCAAUAAAUAUUAACUGCUACUUUGAAAAUAUCAUACUGAUUUUUGACCUUACUGCAACAAUUUUCAGUUAUUCCAGAUUAUCUAGCUUAUGGAUUCUGGUGGUGGGGGUUGUUUCGUUUUGGUUUUCGCAGUCUCUGUCUCAUCUAGUACCUACCUUAGUUUAUUUUGCAACUUACUAAUAGUUUAUUAAUGGGGAGGGACGAGCAGAUGGUAAAAAGAAGGAAAAAGGGUAAAAGGUAAAAGCAACAACAUUAACAAUUUUAUAUCAUGUCCCUGGGCAUAAAAGUUUAGUUAGUAUUAAAUUUUAUCAAAAAAAAUUGUGUUACGAGUUUUAUGAAUUCAUGCCCUUCCUUUCAUCUAUUAGCAUAGGCAGUAAAUUUUUUUAUUUUAAUAUAGCCCAGUAAACCUAGAGUAUACAUGUACAAAAUACAUAUAAAUUAUAAUUGUGAACGUGUAUUAACCGAAAAAUGACCCAAGACUUAGUUCUUGCCCUACUCUGUUUGUCUUGUUUGGUUGGUUCUGUGACCUUAAGCAAGUAACUCCUGUGAGCCUCAAUUUAAUUUGUAAAGUGAUGGAAUAAAACCCCUGAAAUCUUACCCACCUCUAAAGAUAUUUGUUUCUGUGACUUUUGCUAGUGGCAUUUCAAGUUAAAACCUGGUUUGAUUUUGCUACCCAUGAAAUACAGUUCGGCCCUUACUUAAGGAUGACUUAACCUAAACAAGGAAAAUAUACACUGUAAAGGGUGGGAUGAUGUGGCUUGACAAUCAGACCUCUUCUAUUUUUUGCUGCUAUGGUGAUUAUAUUAGAGAACUGAAUCUUGAUUAAAGACUUUGUCUUGUUUGCUGCC